AUGGACCCCAACAACAAGCCAGCGCCUUACCAAGUCCCCGAGCUUUUAUUUCACACCAUCCUCACAGUAAUUGACUAUAGUCACGACGCGUCCGGGGCCAGCCGUACGACAUUUGUGCUUGGAACACACGGGACUCUGGAGGCGGCGAAAGCCUUUGCCGCCCAGUCCCUCGAGACGCUCAACUUCAAGCCCGACGACUUCCAAAAGUACAAUGUGCGGUCUUCGGGCGAAGAGGCUCCCGGCAAGACUUGGAUCCACGGCGAUGGCGUCCUAGCCUUUGCCCGCUCCUUUGACGGCCAAGAGCUUCGCGUGAGCAUCGACACCACGCCCAACAAUGAGUCCCUCUAUGCGAGCACAGAGGACGGCAAGAUGAGGCUUCCCGAAGGGGCGCAGUUUUUGCACUACAUGGUCCAGACCAUGGUGGACUACAACGUCGAUCGGAGCGGCAGCCUGCAGCGGACAGAGAUCCAAGGCGUCUAUGUUCAUCGCGCGGACGCCUGGACGGCCGCGCACAAGUGCCUCGACCGGUCGGGGUACGCCGAGUACGACUGCCGGGGCGACGCCGAGUUUGUCGAGCAGUGGCCGUUUGGCGAGAAUGUCGCCGUCCAUGCCGUUUCGGAGACGGGCCAGAAUUACCUUGUUGCGGUGAACACGCCGCCCCAGCACAAGCACGACAUUAAGAGGCACGGUCGGAAGAAGUCUGCGUCGUGA